AAACAAGGAAGUGCGGAACGGCGUGAAAUGGAGGCGGAGGCGGAAGAGUCCCCGGACUACUGAGGCCCAUCCUGGUGUAGGGGGUGGGGGAGAGAAGGGGGUCUCGGUCCAGGCGGCCUGUGGGGCUAGAUUCGGCUUGGUGGCCCUUCUGCCUGGGCUGCACAGAUGGAUGACAGCAAAGUAGCCGGAGGCAAAGUGAAGAAACCAGGCAAACGGGGUCGUAAGCCAGCUAAAAUAGAUUUGAAAGCCAAACUUGAGAGGAGCCGGCAGAGUGCGAGGGAAUGCAGGGCAAGGAAGAAACUACGCUACCAGUACCUGGAGGAGCUGGUUUCGAGCCGAGAGCGAGCGAUCUGUGCGCUCAGAGAAGAGUUGGAAAUGUACAAGCAGUGGUGCAUGGCAAUGGACCAAGGAAAAAUCCCUUCUGAAAUUAAAGCCCUACUAAGCGGCGAAGAACAAAGCAAACCCCAGCCGAACUCGGCCAAGAUGGCCAAGGCUGUGAAAGCAGAUGCAAACAGCCACAGUUCCUGGUGAAGAUCGAAUAACAGAGACGGAGGCUGAUAUUUGAAAAACCCAACAAGCUGAAAUAAAAUUAAGAAAAAGCAGUGAUUUGUUAUCUUUAUGUUAAUCUUCCAUUGAUGAUAAUGUCAGCCAGUUCUGAUUCUGCAAAGAACUUGACUGUUGAGAAGAAUUACCAAAAGAAUUUGAUGGCAAACUGGCAGAAUUAAAUCUAUAACUUUUUAACCCAGUUCUUUUAAUAUAGAUAUUGCAACAUACAUGUGUGUAGAAAUGUCUGCUGUUACUUGUUUUUAAAAGUUACGGUUUGUGGUUUUGAUUCUCUAUUCAUUAUUCAUGGGUAGUGAUUAUUUAAGCAUACGUGUGCAGUGAAGUCUGAGAUUUUGUUCAUCUGAAGUGGUCUGUUAUACAUAUGAUGUUCAUGGUGCAUGUUGUGGUGGUAAUCGCUUGAUCCCAUACUAGGCUGUGAAUAUGUAAUGGCUGCUGUCUUCCUUUUUAGACUUCAGUUGUUUCUGAGCUCGCAUAGCGUUGUGGCUAAGAACUUUCCCUGUGAACCAGGCCAUGUUUCAAAUACCACAUGUGCCAUGAGCUUGCUUGUUGGCCUUAGGCAAGUCCACUCCACCUGCAGUUUGGGGUGAAAAUACUGGCCUUCUUGUUCUGGAUUAUUGUAUGUGAAAUGCUUUGAGUACUCCAAACUCUUGCUAGUCAGGAAAUGGUGUUCAGUGUAGGGGUUUUUUUCUGAAUCAAAGUAGGAAGUGCAUUUCACUCUGUACUCAAAAUGAUCCCUGUUCUUCUCCAGUCAGCUUGAAGAACAAUGGGCAUGUGUUCUUGCGAUUGUAAGACAGCCUAACUAACAUUGCCUCCUACCCUCUCCUGUCCGCAGUCAGCCAGGUGACAAGGAAGAUGUUUUCUGGAAUUCUCCCACAGCCAUCUGGUGUGCUGCGAGCUGCAUGGGCAACCCUUGUUCAUCCUAACUCCUUUGGAGUGAUGAAGGCCCUCCCUACUAGUGUUCCCCAGCGCACAGAUGGGGAACAUCAGCCCCCCUGUUUUAUGCCACGUUCAGGCCCACGGGGCGUUCUGCUCAUGUUCAGGCAUGUUUCAACUGCUUUUGCUGCUCUAGGCUCCCAUGCUGCAGGCUAGCCAGCCAUCGAUUAAUUUGUCCUCCUGAAUGAAUCCUGUCUUUCACAAGUUGAUUCAGGCGUUUAUCAUCUUGGGAAAUGAGAUGGCUCAUUUACACCAUAGCAAAAUAACGUCAGAAAUGAAUUGCUGGGGUGGCGCUUAUGAAUAGGCACCCUUUUGCUUUAGAUUUCGUAAGCUUGCAUAAUUGUGUGCCUCUGUAGGGCCUGCUUGCUAAUGCUCUCAUUUGAAUCAAACACCCAAUGCCAUCUUUCUUGCUUGCUCAAUGCAGUCAAGGAACAACUUUGUAAGGGAGAUGCCAUUUCCCACCUACCUGGUUGGCCGGGUGACAGCUGGAGAAAGAGAAGGCAUAGAAGUGGUCUGUCAAGUACUCUAACACUGACUUUUCUCUUGCUGAAUUGAGCACAUUAGCAGUUUUGUAUGCAAAUUAAAGGGUGAACAGCAGGCUAUUUGUGGAGAAUGGUGAAUGGGUGCAUAUAACUGGUUGGCUCCAUCCAAGACUUUUGAUGCAUGAAGUCCUGUAGACUCUAGUCUGCCUAUAACAUUGUACAUCAGAAAAUGAAAGUUUUGGUCUCUUACAACCUGAUACAUUUGUCACUCUCAUGUAUUUGCUGUUGAAAAAUAAUGCAUAACGCCAUGCCUGUCCUGUUGUUUUGUAUUAAAGUGGAUGUGACUGCAAGCA